GCGCGCGGCAUCUGAGCUGAGCAACCACCGAGCGACGGCAAACGACAAACGGAACGGAAAUAUCCCACUCCACUCCACGCGUUGGCGUUGUCGUUGGCGUCGCAGCUGGCGCGGGCAGUGACAGCGGCAGAGAGACAGCGACGACGCUUUUGCUCGCGUGCAGCGCUCGCUAUGGUUUCAGUUCGUUUUCGCACGCUGUUCGCAACGAACGGUUCAUCUCUCACACACACAAAAACAACAAGCAGCAAAGAGCCAAAGAGACACGCAAGAAGGCAGCGUAACACAUUGAGCCGUUCACCGUUCACCAUUUACAGUUUACAGUUUACAGUUCAGCGUUGCCUUUGCCCGAACCGAAUCGAAUCAAAAGCUUAAGAGUGAAAACCGUUGUCCAUCGCUUAAGAAAGUUCGAUACUAAGUGCGUGUUUUUCUUGCUCUCGUUCGCGUGAUCGUGCAUAUUAGCAUAUUGUUUUUUAUUGUGUCCUAACUGUAACUUUAACUGUGCCGGCAAUGACCGUUCUACGAGUGCAAUAAGACCCUACUCUCCCCCUCUCCAGAACAGUUGCCGAAACGGUGUGACCAAAAAGAGAGACAAAGAGAAAAGCCGUCGGCAAAAUGCAGGCCACCAAAAUGCGUACCCCCUUUGCCAUCCAGGAGAUCCUCGGCCUUGGCGUUGGUGCAGCCGCCUACCAGCAGCAGCAACAGCAACAACAACAACAGCACCAGCAGGUGGCCGCUGCAGCAGCCACGCCCAGCUCCACGGAGGCGCCACUAUCGCCGGCCGCCACACCGCCGCCCCGCAAUGCCAACACACCAGCCAGCGCCGCCUCAGGCGCCUCUGGACUGCAGCAGCAGCAGCUGCAACAGCAACAACUGCAACAGCAGCAGAUCUCCCAGGAGGCGGCCGUGCGGGAUUCGCGCUCCCUCUCCCCAGACGUGACACGACUGUCGGCCGCUGCAGCUGCGGCAGCCGCCGCCGCCGCCCACUGCCAGCUGCCCGUCUUCAAUCCGGCCAACUUUUACGCGGCCGCUGGCUAUGCUGCCGCCGCGGAUCCCUCCAAUGCGGCGGCUGCCCACCACCACCACAUGACCACGCUGGCGGCGGCGGCCUAUCUGCGAGGCUUCCUGCCGCCCGGCUUCAGUACGCCGCACGAGUUCCGGGGCCACUUCCAGCAGCAUUUUGGAGCCCAAUUCGCAGAACAUGCGGCCGCACGUGGUCAGGAGUACGCCAGCAGCCUGGCCAACGCCAGCGGAGAUGAGCAGUCGCCCAGCAAGGCUGGCGGCAGUGCAGGCUCGGGCUCCGCCCCGGGCAACGGCAGCAGCGGCAACAGCAACGGGCAUCUGGGCUCACCGCCCAGCAGCAAUGGGCCUGGUGGGGAGGCCGCCCGUGGCAACUCCGCAGGAUCAGGCGGCUCCGGAUCGGCCCUGGCCAGCGCCUCUGCCUCGGCUGCUGUGGCAUCCUCAGGCAGUCGCUCCUCGCCCGCCAGUGGCGGCGGCGGCACUGCCCAUCACCAUGCCGCCUUGGCGGCCCAUCAGCAUGCGGCAGCCGCUGCCGCUGCGGCCCAUCACCAUGCCGCUGCUGCUGCCGCCGCUCACCAUGCCCACCACGCCCAUUCUGCACAUCACGGUCACCCCCACUUGCAUGCCCAUGCCGCCCAUCAUGCAGACGCAGCCGCCUUCCUGGGCGCGGCCGGAGGAGCUGGCGGCAAUCCCAAUAGUCUUCUGGCCGGCCAUGGCGGCGAUGUCCUGGUAGGACCCGGUGGCACCGGACCCGGUGGCAAAAAGAAGAACAAACGCCGACACGGCCGCACCAUCUUCACCAGCAGCCAGCUGGAGGAGCUGGAGAAGGCCUUCAAGGACGCCCACUAUCCGGAUGUGAGUGCCCGAGAGCUGCUCUCCAUGAAAACCGGCCUCGCCGAGGAUCGUAUACAGGUCUGGUACCAGAACCGGCGGGCCAAGUGGCGCAAGACGGAGAAGUGCUGGGGCCACAGCACAAAGAUGGCCGAGUACGGCCUAUAUGGGGCGAUGGUGCGCCACUCGCUGCCGCUGCCGGAGACAAUCAUCAAGUCGGCGAAGGAGGACGAGUCGGUGGCCCCCUGGCUGCUGGGGAUGCACAAGAAGUCGCUGGAGGCCGCCGAGCUGCUGAAGAGCGACGAGAGCGACCGGGAGACGCCCACUUCGGACGACACCAACACCAGCUACUCGGCUGGCAGCACCCACAACUCGCCCAUCUCCAGCUUCUCCAUCUCACGGCUCCUCUUCGACGCCCCGCCGCCCGCCACGGGCAAGCCGAGCAAGCACCAUGCCCACGCCCACGCGCAGGCCCAAGCCCACAUCGCGGCUGCCAAUGCGGCGGCCGCCGCAGCCGCUGCCGCCCAUCAUCACCAUCAUCACCACCACCAUGGUGGGGAGGCAGCCGCCGCCGCCGCUGCUGCCGCUGCCAUGCACGCGGGCAUGGCCCAGCAGCACCACCACGCACACGCCCACUCCCAGCCGCACCACGCACAGCCGACCGGAGCAUCCGGCACGGGCGCCGGGGGCCAGCACCAGCACCACCCGUACAACCAGCAGCAGCACCUGCACCACCUGCAGCAGCUGCAGCAGCAACAGCAGCAGCACCACCAACAGCAGCAGCAGCAGCUGGCCGAGCGGGAAAGGGAGAGGGAGCGCGAGCGCGAACGGGAGCGGGAGCGGGAGCGCCAGCAACAGCAGGCGGUGCAGCACGCCAUGCACAUGCACCACCACGGCCCCGCCGGCUAUGCUGAGGCAGCCGUGGCCGCCGCCGCCGCUGCUGCUGCUGUGGCAGCCGCUGCCAAUGCCAGGAACGCGGCCGCUGCAGCCGCCGCAUCCGCGGCCGUGACCGUUGCCGAGUCGGAGGAGGAGCCGGACGAGGACGAGGAGAUGGACAAGGAUUGCGACGCGGAGAUCGAGGGCGACAUGGAGGUCGCUGGCGAUGCGGACGGGGAUGUCGAUGGCGAUGGCGAGAUCGACAUAUGUGACGACCACGACGACGAGGUGCACAUGCACGAGCAGCUGCUGCUGAAGGUCAAGCAGGAGCAGGCCGCGGGCGGCUCCUCCAGAUGAAACAUGUACAUCGAUGUGUUGUUCUAAUUCUCAAACAACGAACAACGAAGCGCAAUGGGAACGCCCCGGGUGACUCCGGGCGUGGCAAUGAACCCUUUUCUAAGCAUAAUCUAAUGACAUUACUCAUAAACUUAAACGUAAAUCAAACGGAACAAAAACAUUUUUUUUCAUAGACCUAAGAAGCAAGCACCCAUACAGAAAUACGAGUUAAUCGUACGAUCGUAUAUGCAUAGAUACUACUAUAGUACCAUAUUCAAUGGCAUUUUUUUUGCCCUUUUUUUCGAGAGUGUAAAUAUUUAAGUAUUAAAUUAUUGGAGAACGAACGAACCCCAGAACCCAUUCGCAGCGAUUUGCAAAAUUUCUAAAAUACGCUAAAUGUGAUUUAAUUUAGUUAUCGAUUCUGAACAAGGCUUUUUAUCGUUUAAGAUCUUUUUUUUUAUCAUCGAAAACUAAGUUAAAAAUAUAACCAAUUUUUUUUGUAUCGCAUCCUUCCUGUAAAAAUUGUAAAUAAGCAAACCUCUUCGCCAUGCAGCGGAUAUCCACUUUAAAUGGGCGAUGCAUAUCCCCAAGGAAAACCUUAAGCCCUGCUCCAUAUUUCCUUGUGUUGCUUGUAUCACAGAUUAGAGGUUAGAGAACACAUAGAUAGAAGCGUAUAACUUUCUGCGAGAAAGUCUAUUUGUUCUUUUAACUUUUGUUUAAUGCAUAUUUGAAAUCAAGCAAGUAUUCUCGGACAUUCUGUAAAUACGAGUCCUAAAUCUCUGAUCUGAUCAUGCAACACCAGCUUGAGAACCCUCCUUUCAGCUCUUACUUUAUCCUUUGCAUUCUCUUAAUCCAAACAUUUUAUUGGGCAUUUUGUGAAGCCAGAAGA